AUGGUGAAGAGCACGCGAUCCGUGGCGUUCGUCAUCCUCAUCGGCGUGGCCGCUCGAGCGGUUUUUGCAGUCACCGACGGCCUGCUACCAAACGGGCAUUUUGAGCAAGGACCAGCCAAGUCGGAGCUGAACGGCACCAGGGUGCUAGGCCCCUACUCCAUACCGCACUGGGCAAUCUCAGGGUUCGUGGAGUACAUCGAGUCCGGCCAGAAACAGGACGACAUGCUCCUCCAGGUUCCGGAAGGCGAGCGCGCCGUGCGGCUGGGCAACGACGCCACCAUCCAGCAGCAGCUGGCAGUGACCCGGCACACGUACUACUCCAUCACCUUCUCCGCGUCGCGCACCUGCGCCCAGGCCGAGAGGCUGAACGUGUCGGUCACCCCGGGCCCGCAGUCCGGCGUUCUCCCCAUCCAGACCGUGUACACCAGUAGCGGCUGGGACUCCUACUCCUGGGCCUUCAAGGCCAAGCACAGCACCGUGUGGAUCUCCAUCCACAACCCCGGCCACGAGGACGACCCGGCGUGCGGCCCCCUCAUCGACCGCGUCGCCGUCAAGACCCUCCGCUCUCCCCAUCACGUCAAGACGGCUGACAACAUGAUGAGGAACGGGGACUUCGAGGACGGGCCGUACAUCUUCGGGGACACGCCGUGGGGCGUGCUGGUUCCGCCGAUCACGGAGGACGAGCACUCGCCGCUGCCGGGGUGGAUGAUCAUGUCGGACACGAAGGUCGUCAAGUACGUGGACGCGCCGCACCACGCGGUGCCGUGCGGCGCGGGCGCCGUGGAGCUGGUCGCCGGCAGGGAGUGCGCGCUGGUGCAGGAGGUGCGCACCGUGCCCCGCCGGUCGUACAAGCUGUCCUUCGCCGUCGGGGACGCGGCCACCGGGUGCCAGGGGUACCUGGCCGUGGAGGCGUACGCGGGGCGCGCGACGCUGAAUGUGCCGUACGAAUCCCGCGGCACGGGCGGGUACAAGCGCGCCGAGCUCGAGUUCGUGGCGAGCGACAAUCUGACGCGCGUGGUGUUCCAGAGCGCGAACCACUACGUGAAGUCGGACGCGACGCUCUGCGGCCCCGUCGUCGAUGACGUUCGGCUCGUCCCCGUGCACGCCCACAUGCACGCUGCCCGCCGGCUGCGUAGGUAG